CCACCACCUCGCCUGCUUAACCAUACCGCCUAGCGAUGGACCACGAGUGAGAAACAGGAGGUUUAAAUAUAGCGGUGUUGUGAUGGCGCGCUGAGGCAGGGGUAGCGGAGCCUUGGUAGCACUGCCGCCUCCAACGCUGCUCUAUAAUGGCCUCUAUUGCCGCCUCUACGUCUUGAUAGAGCCUGUCUCGCCUCCAGACAACGUCUCGAGGUGUCUUCCUCCCUUCUGCACCUCUUCUGUUGCCUCCAAGUGUUUUAAAUACGAAUGGACUGGAACAAUCGGCAACAAGUUUUGCAAAAAUGGCAGCCUUUUGGACUGCAGCAGAUGCAUCAAAUACAGCAACAACAACAGCAACAUCAAUUACAAGCACAUCAGCAGCAGCAGCAACAACAGCAACAGCAGCAGCACCCACAACCACCUCUACAACCACCACCACCACCACCUCAACAACACCCACAACCACCACCACCACAACCACAACCAAUGCCUCAGCAGCUUCACCCGCCACCACCACCACCACCUCUGAUUCAACGAACAUCUCCAAAAAUCACCAGAAUUGGAGGAUCAGCAACCCCACACUGUCUCGUGUGCAACGUUCAUCUUGGCAUGUUUGCCAAAGGCGGCAUGGAAGUUUUCUCUGAAAAGAUCACAACAUCGGUUGGAAAGAUGCAGAUCUACAGUGUCUUGGGCUCCAUCGUAAACCAGGAGUUGAAUACCGCCAAUGUUCACUCGAGCAUCGUAUGUAAGAAAUGUUUCAAGCUGCUUGAUGAUAUUGAUGGCUUAGAAGGUCAGCUGGUCAGCAUGAAGCAGGUAGUGUCCAGCAAAUAUGCAAUGACUGUGGCAUUGGUAAAAAAGGGACUUGUCGGAAAAGCAGUAUUAGAGGAGCAUUCUAAACAGCUUCCUCCACCCCCCAAGCUAAAGAAGAAUAUAAAACCUCCCUCGCCAGGCAAAAGCCCCAAGCUAAAAGUUACUGGCAGAAAAAGUCGUCCAUCUAAAGUAGGGAGACCGCGAAAAGGUGGUAAAAUAGCUAUUAAGUCUGGUAAGCUGGUGGUAAAAGGUUAUAAUGAGAAUUUAGUGCCAGAAGUUGAAUUCAAAGAGGAGACAGUCUCGUCUACUGAGGAGGAGAGUGUGCAGUUAGAUCACGAGGAUGUAAACCAGACAGAUGACAACAUACCACAAAACUGUAAUCUUUGUGGAAAAGAAUUCUUAUCUAGGACUCUUCUGGCAAUGCAUAUUGAAACGCAUGGAUUAAACAGUGACUCACUUAAAUGUGAUAUAUGUGAAAAAUGUUUCUUGACUGCUGAAAGCUUGAUUAAACACAAAAAGUUGCACAAAGGAAAGAAGAAAAUAGGUAAACGAAAAACAGGGUGUCAAGCCUUUGACAUAACCCGUAUUAAGCAGUUUAAGUGUCGACAAUGCAGCAAAGUUUUUACAACAAAAAGUAAAGCGGAGGACCAUGAAAGAACUCAUACAGGGGAGAAGCCAUUUGAGUGUGAUAUUUGUGGGUCUUGCUUCCGCCAGAAAAGUAAUUUAUCUUCUCACAAGAGGGUAACACACUUGCAAGAAAGAAGAUACAAAUGUGAUUUGUGUGACAAAGCAUUUAAGUGGAAGAGAUUGUUGAAUGGUCAUACAAUGAGUAUUCAUACUGGUGAAAGACCUUAUAAAUGUGAAUUUUGUGAUUCUGGUUUUGUUUAUCAACAACAUUAUAAAAAACAUAUGAGAAUUCAUACAGGAGAGAAGCCUUUUAAAUGUGAUGUUUGUGGGAAAGCAUUUAAUUCAUCAAAUAACUGUAGGGCCCACAUGUUCACUCACUCAGAUAAAAAACCUUAUGAAUGCAUUCUCUGUGGUGCAGGAUUUAUGCGUAAACCUCUCGUGUUAUCACAUAUCAAACAGCAUGGACAGAUGGAAAAUCUGGAAAGCUAUGUCAGGGCAAAUAAUCCCAUAACUUCACUAAUUACUGGGGAAGGGAGUGGAGUCGAUAAUGCUAGAAACACAGAUCCCGAUUCUAUUAUACGUAAAAAAAAAUUGAUUCGUGAAUCUAUUCAGACUGCGGUUAUGCACAUACCUCAAGGACCUCCACAGCCAGCACAUAAUAAUAUGGAGGAAAGUUUACCUGAGUUUAUAAUCCCACAUACUGAUAGCAGAGAACCACCUAGUGCAGGAGAAACAAUGGGUUAUAUGUUCGGAACAUUUCAAACUCAGGGCACAGUAGCUCAUUAUGCACCUCUUAACUUAGGUCACUGGUGAUAACUUCUAUUGCUAUAAUAUCAAUCCCUCUUACCUAAAUAAGUGAUAUCAUGGAGAUAAUAAUUUAGCAUAUCUAGCUCUUCAACUUACUAGUAACUGUAAAACUUUAUUAUUGUGCAACUUUGGGGAAAAUAUAUGUACAGUACAAUAGAAUAUAUGUACAGUACAGUAGAAUCCUGAUUCAACACAGCAGUAUUUUACACCAUCCCAAACAUGUACUCACAUACAAUACAAACCCUUCCUAUCCAUUCCCAUCCUCUCUCCUAUCCCUUCCCUCCACAUAUCUUCCACAUUACAUAUACUGUACAGAAUUUUCUUUAAGAAAUGCUGGCAACCAAUCAUAUUGUAAAACAGUAUAUUUUAAGUCCAUCAAGAAGCAGAAAUGAAUCACAUACUGCUUUAAAUCACUAUACUGUGUCAAGCUUGUUAUUUUUCACUACAUUAUAUAUUUGUAUUAUUUAUUGAUUCACUGUAUCUUGUUUAUCCAACAAGGAUCUAAAAGAAAUAUUCUGUAUUAUAAAGUUCAGUUUUACACGAAGUCUCCUGGAACAUAUCCCAAAAUAAAAUCAGGAUUACACCAUACUUACAUUUGAAUGAAAAAAAUUUAGUUGUGAAUGUUAAUAGAAAAAAGACUAACCUUAAUCCCAUUGUCUGAUGUAAAUUGUUUUGUUGUAAAGCUCGAUGGCAAUUAUUCUGAGGUAUUAUUUGGUCUUAAAUGAAACACAAUUUUCUCAUGGAGAAGCUUGAAGAAAAAUGGGGUGGGUAGAUAUUAUACUUUAUUUGUAACUCUUGAGUUCAAAAUUUCAACAUUUUGUUCUUUUCAGAUGAAUUUACAAUGUAUAUUUUUUUUUGUAUGUGCAAUACAGCAAUCAUAUUAGAAAUGUCAGGAAAAUAUUCGACAAACCAUUUCCCUUUCUAAAUAAGUAUGGUGGUAAAUGAAUGAAUAAGUGUUUUAUAUACUAGACCUGGGUUCUAAUUAGAAGAUAAAUGAGUGCCAUACUAAAAUUGUCAUAGUAACUUAAUGCAAGAUUGUCUUUGCAUUAAGCAAUCCCAAUCUUGCAAUCAUACUUAGUAAGAUUGUCAGAUAUAGCAAUAUGCUGUUUGCAUAUCUUGACAUACUAAUCAGGGCAUUUAGUAUUGAGAUACUAUACUGACUAUGCAGAUGAUGAGUCACAAUAACGUGGCUUAAGAUACGAAGACUAAACCCUCCACACACAUCAGAAAAUGAGGAGACAGCGACGUUUCGGUCCGUCCUGGGCCAUUAUCAAGUUGCCAAUCGACUUAACACUUUCGCUCGGCGACGACUCAAUGCUGAGUCGUCCGUAAAACGGGCAAGUCCGGCGACGACUCGGCAUUGAGUCCUCUGUGCGGCAACAGUAGCGGCAUUUUCGGGAAGGUCUUGCUGGGGUUUUGGACAUUAUAUGCAUAUACUCUUGUAGGGAAUUUCAUUGUGAAUACAUUGAUACCAAAAGGAAAGUCCUAGGAACAGAAUUGAGGUAACAAAGUUGAAAACAGAAUACCCAUUUUAUUGUUCUUUAUUAGCGCUCACGGGGGUAACGCUCCGUCACUUUCUCUGUUUGCUGUGGGUGGUACGCCGGGCUUUUGGACUUUAUAUUUGCAUAUACGCUUGUAGGAAAUUUUAUUGCGAACACAAUGAUACCAAAAUGAAACACCUAGGACGAGAAUUGAGAUGUCCAAAGUGAAGAGAGAGCUCUUGCCCGCUCCCGGGUAAGACGCUCUCACUUUCUCGCCGGGCUUUUGGGAUUUACCCGUAUAUUCAUUUAGUCCUGUAGAGAAUUCUAUUGCGAACACAUUGAUACCAAAUUCAAUACCUUAGGACGAGAAUUGAGCUGACAAAGUUGAAAAGAUUAUACACUUUUCAGAAUUUACCACGGUCUCCCUUGCGCUCCCACAGAACGCCCAAACCCACCUGGGGUAGUGAGGUGCUCGGAGGCCCAGAACGCCAAAGAGUUAAUAAUGGUCCAGAACGGACCUAAACCUUGUCGUCUCCUCAUUUUCUGGUGUGUGGUUUAGUCUUCGUAUACUGACUAUACUGUUUAUGAAUGCUUUUCUCAUAGUUCCUACCCGGUGGCUUCCUGGACUACCUACAUGGGUUACCUCCAAUCCUAAAGCCCCCAAUCAGUCCUUUUAGUCACAAGUGCCUACCUGAGACUAGCUCAAGAAUCUAGCACACUCCCUAGAGAUGGGGCAGUCUGGGGCCCCAACUGGUAGUUACACUUGCCCAGAUGGCAGCCCCAGCAACUUGGGCUGAUGACUGAUGGGGCAACUCCAGUUGCCCCAUCAGUCAUGUGCCUGGUGUUGUUGGGGAGGGGGGGGUGCUCUUCCUGGCCUUGUUUUCAGCUAAGUAUUGACUGUUCAUUUCGACUUUGUCCUGCAGGGGGUCUAUGUGAAUAUUAGGUAAUUUUAUCUGCAGGGCAAAGUUCAAAAGAAAAGCCAACACUGAGCUGAAAACAAAACUAGAAAAAGAAGACAAGGCACUGGGAGCUGUGGUCUCGACCACACCGUGUGCAUACUGAUGGGGGCCAUCAGUGUGCGGGUCUGAGUUGCUGGGGCUGCCAUCUAGGCAAGAGUAACUACCACUUGAAAUGGCCAAGGAGUGUGUACAUGGUUCAUCAGGGAUGCCAAUGUUUUCUAUGCAAUUGCUUGUUUUAGGGUAAUCUAUCUUUCUAGUGAUUCUUAUUUUUUUGCUUGUAUCUCCAGACUGUUGUGCCUUUAUCAAGGGGGAAGGCCAUGUUUUGGACCUAGUUCCCAGUAGGUACUUGGACUCAAAGGCCUGGUUGUAGGGUUUAGGCUUGGAAGUAACAUGAGAGAAUCUUGGGAAGCCACCAGGAAGGGACCCGUCAGGAAUGAAUCUCAUUACAUUCAAUGCUGGAUUUAUAUAAGUAGUGAAUUUAUUUGUCUCUGUACAUGUAAAUGUAGUAUACAUUAUCACAAUUGAAAUUCCAGGUAGAAUUUUAGUGCAUAAUUCUUAUUUAAUAACUAUGCAGUACUGUAUAUAUUUUUUAUGAAGAUUUUGUGUAUGUACUGAACAUUUAAAUGUAAUCUAAGUACUUCUUACCAUGUAAGAUAAUUACUGUGUAUGGUAUUGAAUUAUUAUUUUCCUUUAAACAAGGGCUCCAAAAAAUUCAGGUGAAUUCACUGGCAUUAAAAGUUGUAUGAAACAUGA